AUGUUUGGAGAAAUUCUCGAUUUCGACAAAACAACUAACGACACUCGAUUACAAGUUAUUGUCAAAGUACAAUGUUACAAUCUUCCAGCGGAUGUUAAAUAUUCUGGUCAUUGGCAAAUAGAAGGUCGUACAGAAAAUAUUCAAGCAAUUGGUGUUUAUUAUUUACAGAUUGAUGAUAAACUUGAAGGUAGUGCGCUUAAAUUUCGUCCAAGGAUAACGCCAGACAAAACUUAUACGAACAUUUAUCAUAUUGAGAUCAAUCGUUAUCUGAUGCGAAAAACGAAUACAACCGUUGUUUUUGAUAAUAAGUUACCACAUCGAUUUUGUUCGAUGAGAAAUGCAACUUCGAUUGCUCGUCGUCGUACAUUCAUCAAGUUUUUUUUUCAUUGUCUCUCCCACACAUCCAAUUGA